AUGCUUUGCAAGCAAAAUCUAGAGACUCCAACAGUAAAAGCUAUGCUUAACACCUACCAUAGCUCCAAACUCUGUUCAAACCAGUGUGGUUCUAGUCUUGUGCAAACAAUCGACGCACCGUUACCUCUAGUAUGGUCCCUUAUUCGGCGCUUUGAGAACCCACAAGGCUACAAGCUUUUUGUGAAGAAGUGCACCAUGCUUGCUGGUGAUGGUGGCAUUGGAAGCGUACGUGAGAUCAUGGUCACAUCUGGGUUACCGGCUGGUGUCAGUGUGGAGAGGUUAGACAAGCUUGAUGAUGACAAACAUGUCUUAAAGUUCAGCAUCAUUGGCGGUGAUCACAGGCUGGUGAAUUACAGUUCCACCAUUACUGUGCAUGAAGAAGAAGAGAAAUAUGGGGGGAAGACCGUGGCGAUUGAGUCGUACGUGGUGGAUGUUCCGGCGGGAAACAGUGUCGAAGAUACGUGCUCUUUUGCCAACACCAUCAUAGCUUGCAAUCUUAGGUCCUUGGCUAAGAUCACAGAAGAAAUGGUUUGUAAGGCCAAGUAA